AUGACAAGACUUGAUGUGUUUUCAUUGCAGAUUGUAACAACUUAUCUAGUCGAUUCAAUUGACUUCAUUAACGUUGUUUGUGUAUGUAAAAAGUACGAGUACGUGCUUGAGAGAACCAGAAUCAACCCAAUACAAAUAACACCACAAAACACGCACUUAUUUCCUAAUAUUCAGACACAAAAUUUGUUUUCUCCAUUUGACAUUCAACUCACAAACACGUCAAUUGAACGACUCCAAUUUUCUUAUCCUGUUACAUACAACAAAUUUAUAGAAGAAAAGAAACGUUUUAAUGUUUGUCGGUUUGUGAAAUACACAAAAGAAGACAGACUAAAGUAUGGCAACACAAUUCCUCAAAAUGUGUAUUGUAUUGACAACAACUGUUUCAAGAAUUGCAAGGAACACGUGGUAGAAAUUCCAUUUGGUGUCCAAGUAAUAUUAAAUGACGCUUUUAAAUGUGCGCACAUACAAGAAAUUGCCAUACCAGACUCGGUGACGUUUCUUGGUGAUUGUGUGUUUAAUGGAUGCACCAAUUUAACACGUGUGACACUUCCCUCUUCACUUAAAUACAUCCCCUCACAGACUUUUAAAAAAUGUGUGUCGCUCAAAGAAGUUGAAAUCCCGUCAUCUGUCACUGCAAUUGGAUAUGACUGUUUUGGUGAUGACUGUGGAAUACUCUCCAUCGUUGUUACACCAAACAUUUGUGUUUCACUCAAUGCUUUUGAAAGCUCAGAUUUGAAUCAUAUUGAAUUUAUUGGGCAAGUGUAUAUAGCUGAUUAUGUGUGCAGAUAUUGUUUGUUGUUAAAAAGUGUUAAAAUGGACACCACAGUACAGGGUAUUGGGAGUCACUCGUUUUAUCAAUGUGAACAACUUGAAUACAUUGAUGUCCCAUCAUCACUUCAAAUCAUCAACACAUCGGCAUUUGAAAAUGCACUACCCUUACGCAAAUUUGUGAUUCCC